CACUAGCACUUAUAAAAUGGUAAUAAAAAUAAUGAAUGAUGUAAGAAUAAUAUUUGAGUGAUGUUGUUUUAUAAAGGACGUAAAAAAAAAGAUGGAAGCCAGUGACUAUUAUAAUUUAUCAAUACACGAACUUGUUAUAUCUCCUUUUGCUGUUGAUUGGUCACAAGAUAAUCAAAUUUCGGUUUUAACCGAAAAAGGCGUUCAUAUAUUUGAGUUACAACCGAAUCCAUUGUGUGCAUAUCCUACAGCUAAAUUCAAACGAUCAUUUAUUUAUGCAUCGAGUUAUUUACCAAUCGGAAAAUUUUUACCCCACAUGAGUUUAAUAAUAAAUGAGUUCACUCGAAACGACAUGUACUCAUUUUUAUUAGAUGUAACGUUAACACCAAAAAUACAAGAUAAAAUAGAUCAUACACCAAGAAUUGUUGGAGUAGCUUGGUCACCAAUUAAAUUAUUGUCACCAUCAAAAUGUUUAUUGGCUGUUGUUACAUCAACUGGUGCUAUAGAUGUAACUACUAAAAUAAGAAAUAGUUGGUAUUCUAUAAGUAAUUUAUCAGCGUUAUGGUGGGAAACAGUCAAAGAUGAAUUGGAAUAUGAUCCAGAAAAUAUUCAAGCAGAUCUUGUCAAUGCUGAUAAAUUUAGAAGUAAUUUACAGAGAUUACUUGGAACAGCUAUAACAUGGAGUCCACUCUAUGAAGAUAAAUCAUUGUCUUAUAGCUAUUUGGUGACGGGGUAUCGUAGCGGUGAUCUAGUCAUCUGGAAAGUUAUGAAAGUGUUUGAAAUAAAAAUAAAAGUACAGCCUACGAUUGUCUAUCGCACGUGUUUUGAUAUAAAUGUUAAAAUUUCAAAACUUGUUUGGGUAAAUCUUGAUACCAAUAAAUAUUUAAUUAUCGUUGGAUUUAUUGAUGGACGUGUUUAUGGUCUUCAAAUAAAUAAAACGAAUAAUAAAAUCAUUAAAGAAUCACUUUAUAAAUAUGAAUCUACUCCUGAUCGUAUGGCUGUGAGUUUUAUACAAGAAUUUACACGCACUACUGAAGUAAUAAAUAUUAUUAUUGUUAAAAGUUAUUUUUUAAUAAUGUUAACAAUUGAUAAGAAAGGACAAUUUUUGGGACAACAACACAUUCAAUUACCAGGAUUUUUAAUAUCUGGGUUAACUUCGAUUGGAAAUAAUCGAUUAGUAGUAACAACACAAAACAGCAAAAUGUAUUUAAUAACAAUGAAAAAAUGUAAAUUAACUAGCGAGAGUAUUAGUCAUGAUAUGAAACCGUCAAAAGUUCAUUUUUUGGGAUUAGCAUGUGCACCAAGUGGUGUUACAUUAGUAAAUGUCACAAGUCCAAAUGUAUUGUACGAUCAUCUAGUGAACCGAGAACCAAGCACAAUGUAUUUAUUCAACUUCAAAGAUGAUGAAUUUGACCAUUGGAAAGUUUUAAAUAAAGACGACGUAACGCUCGGUGAUCAUUGGGACUGUUUGGAAUCAAUAAGAAUACGGGCGUCACGUGAUGCUAAUCCAGAACGAAUUUUCCCAGUUAUUUCUGAGGAUUUAGAAUCAUUGAGUACUCACAGACUUCGUGUUAUCAUGUGGCUAACAUUGAUUACAGAAGUUAUGAAGAAUAAAAAGCUUGUUAAGAAGAUUGAUAACUUUGUUGGUGAAGUAUCAGAAGCUCAGCCAUUGAUAUUCGUUCAUUCGGCAGCCGAUUUUAUGAUUAAAAUAUCUAAGAAAAAAUUAUUAUCUGAUGAUUUGAGGCUUUCUAUUCAUUUUUUACGUCUUUAUAUGGAAGUUUUUUUGGCUGGUGAAGAUGAAAGUACGGAAAAAAGUAUUUCAGUUAAACGGGCAAAAAAUGCGUUGUCUGCAACAGCUAAAUUAAAUUUAAUUGAAGCAGAAUAUUGUAAUUUGUGCGGUGAAAUGGUAACUGAUUUACCUUGGAAUAAACCAACAUGUCCAGUAGGUCAUCGGUUACCACGAUGUUCCAUUACACUAUUGCAAGUAACAUGCCUUAAGUAUCGGAACUGUCCUAAUUGUGGUAGAAUAUUUCAUCCACUGUUGGAUGAUGAAUUCGAUGAUGUUAAGUGUUUUUAUUGUGAUAUACCGGCUAUACAUGACAAUAGAAUUGUCGCUAUUAGCAAUGAAAUUGAAGAAAACUGUCAAAAUCUUUCUCUACGACCACUCAGUGAUCAACAGAACAGUAAAGUACAAGAAAGUGAGAAUUUAGUUAGUGAAAAACGAUCGAAAAAACGUAAAACCAAUAGCGGUGAUACUUUCACUUUGAUCGUUAAUAAAAACGAUGAAACUAUUACGGAAACUUGGAUAAAUCAAUAAACCAUUUUUUUUUUUUUAAUCAUCAUUAUUAUCGUCGUAAACGUAAAUAUGAGGAUGGCGUUCUAUCAUAUCUAUAUCCUUCUCC